CUCGUAACGCAAAAGAGUUUAAAUAUUAUUCGAGCAAACAUUUAAGCUUGACAAAAUGUUUUACACCGUUCGUUACGAAAAAGUACCCAGUAAUAUGUUAGAGGAAACUGAACGUGGUGAACGAGACGAUGACGAAGAGGGGGGCGAGGCAUUAGUCUACCUGCGUCCGCCGUCUGCCCGCCAGAGGAGAAGUUGUUUGGGAAGGAGUGAGAUGUGGCUACGCAUAACAGUGGCACUGGUCCUCCUUGCCAUUGCGCUGGGCUUUGUGUUCUGCGAGUGGUCUGGCUGCGGUGCGGAGCAGGAGAGCGGGGACAGCCAGAUGGCGCACGCUGACAAUGGCAGCGAAGGACAUGGGCACCAUCACCACACAGAAGAUGAGGAUGAUGAUGAGGAUGAUGACCGUGACCAUGAAGAACAUGGUGACAACCACAACCACAACCACACUCACUCCGAUUCUCUCUUCCACCAUGCUGCCAUCAUCACCGGCUCGACUACUUGUUCCAGGGCCGGGAGAAAACUUCUCCAAGAUGGAGGGAACGUGGUUGAUGCAGGAAUUGCGGCCCUCCUUUGUCUGGGAGUAGUCCAUCCCCAUACAGCCGGCAUAGGUGGAACCUUUUCAGCUAUUUUUUAUAACCACACAACUGGAUCUCUGAAGGCAAUUCAACCCUCAAUCCCAAGGAACAAUUUAAACACUUACGGUAUUCCUGCCAUUCUGCCAGGAAUCAAACGUUUACAUGCCCAGUAUGGAAAUCUGGAGUGGGCGAAGCUGUUUGAGGAUGCCAUAAGACUGGCCAAGGAUGGAUUCCAGAUUGACCAUAUUCUCACCUCGGCUCUACUGAGUAACGAGAGAAUGAUUGUCCAAUCACAGCUGUGCACUCUGUUCUGUGAUGAGAAUGGCCGCGUGAAAUCUGCGGGCUCAAAUGUCACCAACCCAAAUCUAUCAGAGCUCCUGCGCAGUGUCAGCCUAAAUGACUCUCAUUUCCCAGAAAUACUGGCCAUGAAAUUGGCUGAGGACAUCUCCCCGGCAGAGAGGCCAGAUUUUGUCCGUGACAUUCGGCGCGUCAGAGGAGAAAUCAAUGACCCUCUUAUCGCAGAGGAAGAAAAAUACACCCUCCUCUCGGGCUCUCUUCCAUUCUCAGGGUCUGUCCUAUCAGAUGCAUUAGUGAAAGCCACCGAGCAGAUCCACUCCCUGCACAAUCGCACAGAUCUUAACAGCUCUGCCCCUUCUCUCCUCAGUCUUUUAGAGUUUGCUAAGGAAAUAUAUAACACUGCCCUGGCAGAGGAGAAUGGGAGCCUGGUGGAGAGGCUAGCCAUGAAUGUAGCCAGUUCUCAGAUUGGGGUGCUGCACAGCCAAGGUCACUUUCUGGUCAUGUCAGCGUCACUCAACAGCUCCUGGGGGUCUGGACGCUACUUGCCGUCCACCGGCGUCGUUCUGAGUGAUUUUGUUUCAAACAUUAGCGCAGGUGUUCCGCUCUUGAACUUCCCUUUGGUAGCAAAGAUUAAAAACAUGGUUGACGACGAUGAUGAUGAUGACGAUGAGCAUUCAGACGAGGAUGUACAGGUCAUUGCUGUGACUGGGGGACUUUCUGCUCUGUUGAAUGCUGCUCAGAUCUUAACAAACAGGUUGGAUUACAGCAUGUCUGCUCAGGAAGCCGUGCAGAGCCCUCUCUUCCAUUUUGCCCAGGGAAGUGCUGGGUCUGUGACUGUGUGUGUGUCCUCCGUGUCUAAUGGCACAGACGGCUUCACUCUGCCUUGGGAGGAGGGUGACCAGCGACAGCCGACACAUAGAUGCACUGAUGACUCCGAAGCCAUGCUGCUGCAGCUGCAUGCAGGACACGUGGGAGUGUACGGGGCCCCAGCGCUAAAAUCACACACUGAUGGAUUUUGAAGGCAAACAUAAUCAAUGUAAAUAAUCAUCAGACUCAAGCGCACACACACACACACACACACACACACACACA